CUGGGAUUUUCAAGAACUACAGGAAUUUAUAAGAAUGUCUUGAUGUUGAGAAUCAUCCAAACUUUUUAAUUAAGUCACUUCAGCAUGCGGAUGCUCAGAUGUCAUGAAAGGCGGAAUUCUUUAUGGAUCAGUCUUGCCUGAGUCCUAUUGAUCAGCCAUGGUGAAACUUGCAAACCCUCUCUAUACGGAAUGGAUUUUAGAGGCAAUACAGAAGAUCAAAAGGCAAAAGCAGCGGCCCUCGGAAGAGAGAAUUUGUCACGCUGUUGCGACAUUACAUGGUUUGGACAAGGCCAUUGUUCUGGAGCAUUUGGAAUUAAGUGUCCAGGAUGGUUCGGUUCUCCAGGUUACGAAUAAAGGGAGUGCAUCUUACAAAGAUCCAGGUAACCCUGGACGGAGUGGGCCUAUCAAACAUGAAAGCACCUUGGUGCCCUCAAAGGGAUGUGUUGGGAGUUCUAGCGAUCUUCGUCAUGUCGAUUGGAAUAAGCUCUUAAAGAGGGCCAUAGAAGGCCUGGAUGAUCCACACGGCUCCUCUUUAAAGAACAUCGAGCGUUUCCUAAGGAACCAGGAUGACCUAGGCAACGUGCUGGGUAACUCUGCCUUUCAGCAGAGGUUACGGCUGGCAGCUAAGAGAGCUGUGAACUGUGGGAGGCUGCUGAAGAAUGGCCCAAGGUACAGGAUGAAUUGUGGAGGUUCUGAAACAGGAAUAGCCAGAGGACUGAGCCUCAAAGCCUCAGCAGUAUCUUCUGUGCCCAUGACACUGCUUCCACAUGAGAGAGACCUGCCUUGUGCUGACCCAAUCCCAAUAUGCAGUUUCUGUUUGGGAACCAAGGAGUCCAAUCGGGACAAGAGGCCAGAGGACUUACUGUCCUGUGCGGACUGUGGGAGCAGUGGUCAUCCAUCAUGCUUGAAGUUCUCCCCAGAGUUGACUGCGAACGUGAAGGCGUUGAGGUGGCAAUGCAUCGAAUGCAAAACGUGUAGCUCCUGUAGAAUACAGGGCAAAAAUGCGGACGACAUGCUGUUCUGUGACUCAUGUGAUCGGGGAUUCCACAUGGAGUGCUGUGACCCUCCACUCUCCAGAAUGCCCAAAGGAACGUGGAUGUGCCAAGUGUGCAGACCCAAGGAAAAGGGAAAGAAACUGCUCCACAAAAAAGCCGUUCAGAUCAAGCGACGAUAUGCAAAACCCAUUGGCAGACCACGCAACAUUCUCAAACAACGAAUGUCUGUAACCAGUGGAGACGGCUCUAUGAUUGCUCUGGCUGGAAGGGGGUCACCUGGUAGGAGUCAAAAGAUUAACGUCUCUACCACACCCUCAUCUGCCCAUGCUGCAUCUGUGAUGGACGCCAGAAGCCGAUUGGCUAGGGCAGACCUCUGUUGGAUGGGCGAUGCCACUCGGUUCACUCCCUCCACCACUACCACUCCCUCCACCCCCCCUACUUUCACCCUCACCUCCACCCUAGCUCCGCACCCUGUUAGCAGGAAAAUCAAAGGCCUCAUCGACGGGCUGUCCAAAUUUUUUACGCCCUCGCCUGUUGGGCGGAGGUCACGAGGUGACCAAGUAGGCCCCCAAAAACAAGGUUAUCCAAGGAAAAGAGGCCGUCAGAAGCUGCUCCCCGGCUGUCAGACUAGAAAGGCAGCUUCAGAUAUCGCCCACAGUUUAAUGUCCUCUUCUGCCAGGCCUGAUCCUGCCUCAGCUUUAGCCAGACUAAGCCCCACGUUGCAAAAUUCUGCAGGCUCCACCUCGGCAAACUCGCCCCAAAGCUCGUCCAGCCAGUCUAGUGGGCCCUCAGUGGGUAGUCUGUCGAGUAACAACCAACUUAAGGGCCUGUUUGACGGACUCUCCCACAUUUACGCCACCCAGGGCCAGUCGCGGAAAAAGGGAUUCCCAUGCUAUGCUCCACCUAAACGCAAACAACAUCGUAAGCAGGACCCGCCUUGCAUGUCCAGCCCCCCCCAGCACCAUGGAAACAAGAAACAAAUUAAGGGUAGGCUUUUGGGCAGCUCCCUAACGGCCGGCGGAUGGGGCACUCCGAGGGGACGGCCCUUUAAGACAGUAGGUCAUUUCAGACGAAACCCCUUCUUGAAAAGGCACAGGCUGCUCGGCAGGUUAAGAUAUAAAGUCACCCCCCAAAAAGGUGCCCCAGUGCCAGAAAAGGGCAGCUUGACAGAUGGAGGAAUUAAGCCUCAGAGAGACCAUGGCCGACAGUGGGGCUCGGAGGCGAAGCAGGAGACUCAGUUGUUCAGCUCAGUGGCGGUUUCGAAAGAGCAUGUGACAGAUGAGGAUCUGGGGAUGUUUCAACAUGUUCAGGAGCAGGCCACACAGAGAACUGGAAGCAGUCAGAGCGCAGAUUCCGGACGAUCUCCGGCUGUCAUCGAGUUUGGAAAGUACGAGAUCCAGACUUGGUAUUCUUCACCUUACCCGCCGGAAUAUUCAAAGUUGCGUAAGCUUUACCUUUGUGAGUUCUGUCUGAAAUACAUGAGGAGUAAGAGCAUCCUUCAGAGACACAUGGAGAAGUGCGGUUGGUUCCAUCCUCCAGCCAAUGAGAUCUACAGGAAGGGUGACCUCUCUGUUUUUGAGGUUGAUGGAAAUGUUAGCAAAAUAUUUUGCCAAAACCUCUGCCUAUUGGCCAAGCUCUUCCUGGAUCACAAGACACUUUAUUAUGAUGUAGAGCCUUUUCUCUUCUACAUACUGACUAAAAAUGACAAGAAGGGAUGUCAUCUCGUAGGAUAUUUCUCAAAGGAAAAGCUUUGCCAGCAGAAGUACAAUGUCUCCUGCAUAAUGAUCUUGCCUCAGUACCAGAGACAAGGGUUCGGGAGGUUCCUUAUCGAUUUCAGUUACCUCCUCUCCAGGCAAGAAGGGCAGGCCGGCUCCCCAGAGAAACCCCUGUCAGAUCUGGGUCGCUUAUCCUAUCUGGCAUAUUGGAAAAGUGUCAUUCUGGAAUACCUCCAUAAGCACCCGGAUAAACACAUCAGCAUUAAAGGCAUCAGCAGGGCUACGGGGAUGUGCCCGCACGACAUCACUGCCACUCUCCAGCAGCUCCACAUGAUUGACAGGCGCAAUGGCAGGUUUGUUAUAAUAAGGAGAAAAGGGCUAAUCCAGAGACACAUGGAAAAACUCAAAGCCAGACCCCGGGAGAUUGAAGUGGACCCAGACGUCUUGCGGUGGUCACCCAUGGUGGCUGUCAACGCUAUUCUUUCUGAGGAGGAAUGCGAGGUUGAGAUGGAUGCCAAGCGUCUGACCGAGCAGGCCAGUUGUUGGGAGAAAGAGGAAAGAGAGAUUUCCACAAGUCACAGCAGCAGGCAGCCACCCACCAAGGUCUAUCAAAAGAACCUGUUUCGAUCUUCAGAUGGACAGUCGGGCUCUGGAGAAAGCCUUGAAAACUCAGAGGAAGAGAGCGAGGAAGAUGAUGAGGAAGAUUACAAGAGUUCACCGCCCCUCCUCACCAAGACCCAGUCUAUGCUCAGUGUGAAAAGAAAGAAACCCAUAGCCCUGUCACGGAAGAGGGGUCGAAGCCGGAAAAGGAUUAAUAGCAGUGUUACCACAGAAACCAUUUCUGAAACCACAGAGGUCCUCAGUGAACCCUUUGAGAACUCUGAGGAUGAGCGUCCCAUGCCUCUUCUGGAACAUUCUGGCGGAAAGGCUGAAUUAAAAGAAGAGGAAGAUUCACCAGUCAGGGAAGCAGUCAAAAGGCACAGAGGAAGGCCACGACUUAGAAAAGCUGAAGGGAGUGAUGACAGUCAGAAAAAACAGACUCAAGGCACUGAUGUCAAUAAGAAUAGUGGGAACCCACGCACAGUUAAGCGCAAGAAAGGAUGGCCCAAAGGUGUCAAAAGGGGUCCGCCUAAAUGGAGGCUGAAAAAGGAGCGAAAGAUAGGUUUCAAACUGAACCUCUACACCCCACCUGAGACACCUAUGGAGGCCGACCACCUCAUCCUUGCUGAAGAGCCAGAAGAUGAUCCAGAGAACACGUCAGCCAUUACUGAAGAGGCAAGCAACCUGGGCAUGGACAUAGGUUCUACUGAGACAGACCAGGACAAGCCUCGCUCAGAACCAAGCAGUCCAGGGGAAUUGCCUUCACCUAAACAAGGUCCUUUAGAGAGUUCACCUUGUCUGACAGGAAAACAGGAAAUCCCAGACCAUAUCAGCCACAACCAACAGGAAUGUGAAGAUCUGAAGAGUGAAGAGCUGUCACAAACAAGACCAACAAAUGAGCAGCAUGAGGAAGAGGACGAUGAGGAUGAGGAGGAAGAAAGACGGGUUGCACAUGUGGAAGACCAAGAUGCUGAUGAUGAAAGAGACAGUCACAAUGAUUCCACUGAGUCUGAAAAGGACAGGCCAGUCCCAGAACCCUUGAAGGAUCCUCCUACCAGCACAGAGGCUUUUUUAGGGGUCCAUGAGAGUGGUAGCCCAAAGCCAAGCCCAAGAGAUUCAGAUGCACCCUGUACCAUAGGUUCUUCACCCAAAAAUGUCCUUGAGGACCAACAAGCAACCGCAGAGACUGAGCCUCCUGUCGACUCUGAGGGAGAAGAGGAGGAGGAGAACCAGCUGGACAGCCAAACGGGAAAGCAAGUGCAGCCUCUCCAUCCAGACCAAAAGGGUGACCAUGCUGUGUGCUCGGAGAUUGAUAUGGAGACUGCCCAGGCCGUCCAAUCUCUCACUCAAGAAACCGAGCAUGAGUCAUCAUAUCAGGACUGUGUGGAGACACAGGAGGCUUGCCGUAACCUGCAGACCUACACUCAGGUGGACCAGAGCCCGCAGGUGGCUCCUCUGGAUGACUUUCCACAGUCAGACCACAGCAGCCCUCUGUCAUCGGUCCACUCACAUCCCAGCCAGUCAGUGCGUUCCGUCAACAGCCCAGCUGUCUCAGCUUUGGAGACCGGUUACACGCAGAUCAGCCCUGAGCAGGGUGGCAUCUCUGUGCCUUCUCUGCAGAACCUGGAGACCAGUCCAAUGAUGGAUGUGCCUUCAGUUUCAGAUCACUCCCAACAGGUGGUGGACAGUGGCUUCAGUGACCUUGGAAGCAUUGAGAGCACCACAGAAAACUAUGAGAAUCCGAGUAGCUAUGACUCAGCUAUGGGUGGCAGCAUCUGUGUUGUUGCCUCCUCCCAGAACAGCUGCCCCUACAGUGGUAUUCCUUCCAGUGGACUGACCCAGAGUAGCUGUGUUGUAUCUCAGCAGAUGGGAGGGCUGAUCCAACCCAACAGCCUGAGUUCUCCACAGAGCUGUGGUGUGAAAUCUCCCCAGGGCUGUGUAGUGGAGAGGCCUCCAAGCAAUAGUCAACAUGGCCAACACAGCCAGCGAUCCCAGCACCAACAGUCCAGCCAGCACAAUCAACACACUCCACACAAUCAGCAUAGCCAACACAAUCAACGCAAUCAACACGGGCAACACAAUCAACAUGGACAACACAAUCCUCAUGGCCAGCACAGUCAGCACAACCAACACAAUCAGCAUAAUCAGCAUAGUCAACAUAAUCCUCAUAGUCAUCACAGUCACCCUAGCCAACACAGUCUACACAGCCAGCACAGUCAACAUAAUCUACACAGUCAACACAACCCACACAUUCAGCACAGUCAGCAUCAUUCAAACAGUCAACACAAUCCACACAGUCAGUCUAGUCAGCAUCCUCAACACCCCAGACAUGACCCACACAGUCAACACAGUCUGCACUCCCAACAGCAUCUCUCCCAGUGUGGCAUCACCAGCAACUACUCCUCUCCAAUGCAGCUGGCCGACAUCCCGGAGCCUGCCAACCCCAACCUGGCGCUGUAUGAGAGGAUGAACCAGGGCGAGUAUGCUGGCAGCCACUACAGCCUGGCCAAGCUUCAACAGCUCACCAACACACUCAUGGAUCAUCCGCUUCCUUUCAAUCACUCCACAGCACAUCCCAUCACCUCCUACGCAAACAGUGCCUCUCUGUCCUCCCAGCUCUCUAACCCUGGCUUGGUAUCCCUGUCACAGUCUCCUCAUGGUGUCCCUGGAGGUUCCCAGGUUCAGACCCCUAUACCUCCUACCCCUCCCCCGCCCAUGAUGCUUCAGCGUAACAUGGCAUCGCCCAACAUGGGCAUCCCAUCCUCACAGAGAAUCCAGACACAGAUGGCCUCCAAAGGACACAUGGCUAUUCGCCCCAAAUCCUCCCCACUGUCCCACCACCAUCAGCAGCAGAUGUACGGGCAUGCUGCCCCGCAGUCUGUCUCCAUGCAGGCACCUGCUAGGACCCUGGCAAUGCCACGCAUGAAUAUGGGCGUCAACAUCAUGCCUGCACCGGCUUACAACGUCAACUCCAUGAAUAUGCCAGCCCUUAACGCCAUGAACGGCUACCGCAUGAGCCAGCCCAUGAUGAACAGUGGAUACCACGGCAACCAUGCCUAUAUGAACCAGUCGCCACAGUACUCUAUGCAGAUGGGCAUGAUGGGAACUCAGCCAUACCCCCAGCAGCCCAUGCAGGCUCCACCACAUGGCAACAUGAUGUAUACUCCAGCUGGUCACCAUGGAUACAUUAACACGGGCAUGUCCAAGCAGCCUCUCAAAGGGCCCUUUAUGAGACGAUAGCCCGAAGCCCAAGAGUUCAUGAACUCUGGCAGUUAGGACCCUUCAACUUGUCUUUUUGUACUUUUUAACCCGUUAAAUGAGUUACUUAAACCAGCACUUGGCAGGAAUGCAAAUAAUUAUUUUCCUUGACUUUGGGAAGCCUUACAUCAUUGAAAUGAAGAUGGGAUUAAUAGUGUGUUAAUAUCCUGAAUGAUUGGUUUGUUGCAGCAGCCUGUGGUUUAGAACCACAGAGGGCUGUGACGUCAUCUUUGGGACAGUCUUUUUGUAGCAGCCUCUAAAGAAGCCAUGUAAUGUGCCUGCUACAGGAAGAGCAAUCAAAACCCAAGAGCCUUUUCAGUAAACCUGUCUAACAGUGCUGAGGGUCUGUGUGUGCUAUUACCCAUGCCUUUGUAUAUUUAAAUUAUUGUACUUAUUUUGUAAAGUGACCAUUAGCAUGUUGCAGAGUCUGUUAGUGACAGUGCAUUCAGUAAUACUGUUUAAGUGUUGUGCUUACUAGCAGGCCAUUUUAAAGAAACCAGGCCCUCACUAGUUUUUCCAUGUACCAGGAAAGAAAUGAAAUUCUAUUUUGUUAAUGCGGAUACUGUAAAAACUUUACUUUUUUGUUCUGUUUGAGAGGUUUUAUCGACAUGUAUGUAAUAUUCUGAAACUCUUUUGUAACAAAAUUUCCUCACGGCAGCUUUCUGUUGUAUAAUGCAAACUGAUAUGUCAUUAAAGAAAGCAUAUCACAGUGUUUAUACCCGAUUAAAUAUCAAAAAUGUUUCAAAGCUUAGGUCUGUGGGGAAAAAAAGAUAAAUAAAUUUAAGA